AUCGCUCCCUGCAGGAGUUGAAUGUGGAGUGAACGUUACAGGUGGAGCAGAGAGAGGCGCAGAGCCGGAUCCGAGAGGAGACACGACACCAACAGCGGCGGUGUGGACGAUCUUUUAUGUGGACCACUCUGACAGCUCCGGAAGGUGGUAGGAUGAACAUGAUCUCCACCAGCAUCCCUCACCAGUAGCUGGGCAGCAUGGCUUCUGCUCCUCCUUGCGGAGAGGACACCGGCAGCUCAUUAGCACUGCGCUGGAGGCUAACACCAACAUAGAUAUACAUCACGCAGGACGCUGACUUCAAACUCAGUCGAAGCAGGCUGAGCUGCACUCCACAGGCCUGGUUGGUUAAAACAUCCGUAUGAACUGCUUUGAAAACAUGACUCGUGCCAGAGCAGCACAUGUCCAGGACAGCGACAUCACCGCAGCCUAACGACAUCUGGACUCAGACCUUGGACCAUGAUCUGUCUCUGAGUGGUCGCUUUGGUGGCAGAGCUGGACUGUGCAGCUCUUCCACACUUAGACAAAACCUGGACUCUGAGCCAUGUCUCUUCUCUCAGCUCUGAGCAUCGUCUGUGGAUUGAUGCUCCAUGUUUCACUGAGUGCACUCAACACUCACUACUGUGUCCCACGAAAGACUGUCCCUUACCAGAAUGAGCUGAAGUUGUUCAGAGAAGAGGGGAUCUCUAACUACUCCACAAUGUUAAUGAGAGAUGACCUUGGGGUGCUGCUGCUGGGGGCCCGAGAGGCCGUAUAUGCUCUGGACAUCAACAACAUCUCAGUCAGGAAGUCAGAGGUGUAUUGGCGAGUUACCGAGGAGAAGCAGAGGGAGUGCACAUACAAGGGAAAACAUGCCGAGGUGGAAUGCCGUAACUACAUUCGAACCCUGCACAGAGUGAAUGACACUGCAAUGUAUGUGUGUGGCACGAACGCUUUUAGCCCCACCUGUGAUUAUAUGACGUUUGCUAAUGGACAGCUGAGGCUGCAGGGAAAGCAGGAGGAGGGAAAGGGGAAGUGUCCUUUUGAUCCCUUCCAGAGAUACUCCUCCCUCAUGGUUGGAAAUGACCUGUAUUCUGCUACAUCCAUCAACUUCUUGGGCUCUGAGCCUGUGGUUCUGCGCAGUUCAAACUUGGCUCUCCGCACUGAGUUUAAGAGCUCCUGGCUCAGUGAGCCAAACUUUGUCUACAUGGACUUUGUGAGUGAGAGUUUUGACAGUCCCGAUGGCGAUGAUGAUAAAGUGUACUUGUUCUUCAGCGAGAACGCCAUGGAGUACGAUUUCUACAGCAAAGUUGCGGUAUCUCGAGUGGCCCGUGUCUGCAAGGGGGAUAUGGGCGGACAGCGGACGCUGCAGAGGAAAUGGACGUCGUUCCUGAAAGCUCGUCUGGAUUGUUCCUUCCCUGAACCCAGCCUGCCCCCCAUUGUCCAGGAUGUCUUCCUGCUUAAGCACAAGGACUGGAGGAACAGUGUCUUCUACGCUGUCUUCACCCCGCAGUCGAGCCUCUCCCAGGUAUCAGCAGUGUGUGCAUACAGCGUGUCUGCCAUUAGAGAUAUUUUCAGCGAGGGAAAGUUCAAGACACCCGUUGCUGUGGAGACAUCCCAUGUGAAGUGGGUGAUGUACACUGGAGAAGUGCCAGUCCCCAGACCAGGAGCGUGCAUCAAUAAUGUGGCUCGUAAAAUGGGGAUGAAUCGCUCUCUGGACCUUCCUGACAAAACCCUCCAGUUCAUCAGAGACCGUCCCCUCAUGGAUGAUGCCGUUCGUCCAAUAAGAGGAGAGCCGCUGCUGGUCAAGAGAGGAGCUUUGAUGACUCGGAUCGUAGUGGACAGUGUGCUGGCGCUGGACGGACAGAGAUACGCCGUCAUGUUCACUGGCACUGACAAUGGUUUUAUUCAGAAGGCCGUCAACUACGACGGAGAAAUGUUCAUAAUUGAGGAGAUUCAACUGUUUGAAAACCCAGAGUCUAUCACCAUCCUGCGCCUCUCAUCGAGCAAGGGCCAGCUGUAUGCAGGUUCAGAGUUUGGUGCUAUCCAGAUGCCAGUCAGUAACUGCAGCCGCUAUGACACCUGUGUGGACUGCAUCCUGGCCAGGGAUCCGUACUGUGCCUGGGACUUCUCCACUGAGCAGUGCUCCUCAGUCCACAGCGUACCCCCCUCCUCAGAUACUGCAAUGCAGAGUCUGAAGGAGGGUGACGUCUCACGGUGUCCUCAGCCAGAUCCAGUCCCAGCUGUGGACUUCACCCUCGUCCCAGAGAACAACAUCCAGCUGCCUUGCCAGCUUCACUCCAACUUGGCAGAGGUCCACUGGCGUUUCUCUGACCAAACACUUCACUCCAACCACAAAUACUACAUCUACAGCGGAGGCCUCCUCAUCCUGAGCGCCUCUGAGUCGGAUGCUGGCUUUUACACCUGUGACUCAGUAGAGCUCAUAAAUGGCAAAACAUACAACCGAACUGUGGCGGUUUAUCGUUUGCAGCUCUACUCUGGUCCGGCGGUGGGGGACAGCACCACUCCAGGCAAUGAGGUGGCAAAUUCCUCCGACUCUGUUCACACUGUGAAUACAGCUGCACCAGGUCCGGUGCCAGAUGAGGAUAAUGAGGACCCAUCCCACGAGUCUCAAAGCGACACUGGCAGGGUGACUCGCUUAGAGGUGGCUGUGGCUCUGCUUUCGCUGCUUUGUUUCUCCCUGAUGGGGGUCAUAUUUUGGAUCUGGUUUCGAGGAGGCUGGGAAUGCUUCAAGUUUGCACAGAGCGCCAGUGAAAGCGAGGGGAAAAGGCAGUCAGGCGAAUACAUGCACAUCCAGAACAGAACUUCAGAGAUAAAGCUCCUGGGGCCUGAGGCGGGGAGACCUUGCAGUGCCAAUAAUAAUCACUCUGCUGUUGACUUCAAAGGGAACGGGGAGCACCACUUCACACCUAUGGCCAACAUUUCAAGUCUGGACGGUCUGGGAUACAUAAAUGAUGAGUCAGAGAUUUAACUUUGCUGAGGUAUAGAGUAGCAGAGUCCGAGGCCAACGAAACUGCACUAAUCAUCUUUCUAUAGGUGCCCUUCCAACACAAGACAGUUCUCCGAAAGGAUUUUCACAUUAUAAAUUCUUUUGACUGGUGUCCUGUUUCUCCUCGCCAGUUUCCUUCACUGUCAUUUCUGUACUCUAACCGGGCAGCUGAUGUUCAGUUAAAACACUUUUUCUGGUGGAUUUUUCACUCCAGGAAACUGCUGAAAAGACAUUUUUUUUAUAUGUGUAUUUUUUUGUAUAAUGACAAAUUGUGAAUAACUUUGUGUAAUAUAUUGUGUACAGCCAAGACCUUUUUUUUUUCAACUAUUUAUUUGUUGUAAAGUCGUUUUUAUUUCAUCUUUAAACACUUGUAAUCUACAAAAAGUCUUGUAAAUAUGGUCAACAACGGUGAACAAGUAGCAAACACUUUGACCUCUAAUUUCAAGCCACAUUUCAUUUUAUGGAUAGUACUGUUUAUUUAAGACAACAUUGAUCAGUCAGAGUGUACCAUCACUCUUUGGCUGUUAAUGAUUGAUCAGUACUCUGUGUACUACUCCUUUAUUGGUGGCUGUUUAAAAAAAAAAAAAAAAAAGACCUACAGAUGUACCUUUGUAUUUAAGCAUUCAAAUGACACUCACAGGUGAAACAGAGUGAACGUCAUACCUCCAUCUUUCAAAACACAAAAAUAAUAAUAAGAUUAUCUCACUCCAGUAAAUGUUAUAUCAUCAUUGAGAGUGUCGUAGUGUAACGAGGGUUGUUUUUGGGUACACAGUUAUAUUUUAGAUUCCAGGCAUACACUGUAGUCUCCCUUUGGAAAAGACAACAUGUCAUUGGGAUGUACAGGUGUGGGUGUAACUUUCUGGCAGUGGCAGUCAACUCAGAGACACAACGCGGAUAAGAACCAAGUGUCAAACUUUCGGAAAAUGCAGUCCUUGUUCAUAUGACAAUAAACUUUAUUGGGAGUUUGACGCGCAUGUAGCUGUCAGUAAUGAUUACCUUCCCUCACACACAGUGGAGUGAUGUAUUUGAAAGCGAUGCUGCUGCAACGUUUGACUGACGCGCUUCUUGUCUUGAUUUUUCGAACAGAUACUCCUGUGGAUUGUGCGGCGGGAUAAUAUCAACAAAAAAAACCUGCAGCGACUCCACGGUUAUCUCAGACCUGUUUGUUGUCUGUUGAAGAAGACUCUGAGACCAAACUAAAUUACAGGAAUGUAGUGUGAAUCUGCUCUGUGUUUUUCACACUGUCAUUAACGGCAGCGCUCAGAGCCACCUCACGUUUCACCUCCAACAAGUACUGUAGAGAUGAAAGGCCUGAAGUGCAUCUCUUCUCAAUUAUUCAACAGUGCAGUAUAAGAUAUUUGUCAUGAACUGAAUUAAGGAUAUAUAUUGAUCGUAUCAGGUGAUAAAUUAAUAAAAUAUUGCCUGUGCAGUUUUUAAAAAAGUGCUUUCAUGCUUAGCAUAGACAUAUUUACACCAGGGAAUUAAGACGAUCCACGUUAGCUUUUUUUAGUGUAGUUGUUUAUAAGUUUCAGAGAGCACUGUCUUAGAUUUUUAUUUUUUUUAGCUUCCCUCUCUCCUGUUCGUCAGUCUUCCUUUUCCUCCCAAGAUUUAAUGAGGUUUCCCCUCUUACUUUUAUUUCUGGCUGUCUCUCUGAGUUCCUCUAUGAUGCUCGCAGCCUUUUUUUAACCCACACUUGGUUUCUUUGAACAUUUCUGACUUGCAUUUCUGAAUAAAUCAAUAUGACAACAGCAUCUCUCUGCUAGGGUGAACAACUCUACACUGAGGAUGAGGGAUACAGAGAUUUUAUUUAAUUUUUUUUUUGUACACACAGCAAAAAUGGCCACCAACAGGGACAACCCGAGCACACGUGGUCCCAGUGGGUGACAGCUGUUUGUCUCUGCACUGUAUUGUUCCUCUUAACAGUGUUUGAAGGUUAAAGAUAUCUAAUGUCAUAGACUAUAGUUCAGUUGAUAUAAAAACAAAAACCAAUAACCAACAUAGUAUUUAUCUUUUCACACAGCAGCAUUGUUUCUGUGUUAAAAGACUGCAAAAAAUAAAAUAGCCUAUACAACAAUGGUUCCUAACCUGUGGGUCGGGUCCCACUGGUGGGCCACGAAGGUAUUGCAAGAGGGCUGACAAAUCAUUUGUGAAAAGAUGUAACUAUACAAAAAAAAAAAAUAUAUAUAUAUAAUAAAUGUUUUUAAGUGUUUUAAAAAGUAAUGAUCUUUAAAAGCAUUAAAAAUGUUGAGAAACUUCUUUCAUAGUUUCUUCUCAUGUAUUCAGGCUCAUCAUUGUGAUGAGUCGAUGAUAGGAACUUUUAUGUUGUCGCCGGCCGGACCACAUCAUUUACUUGUUUGAUAUCUCAGUCUAGUUGCGCGCUAAAAGAUUACAUCCAUGGCAAAAACUGGAAUGUCAAAAUGGAUAGCAGGUUAGCAACAGGAAGAAUUAAAAGGAAAGAGAGUCAAGAGACAGAUGUUGAAUCGACAAGUGACCAAACAAGAAAAGAAAAUUGAGCUUCCCCUGCUUUAAGUAUUCGGCCUUCAUAUUGUUCCAGGGCCAACAUUUUUGAGAUUUUCAAGUGCGCCAUGAGGUGGAAAAGGUUGGGAACCACUGCUAUUAGAGUUCAUAAAUAGUUCAACUCAGACCUAACCUACAUCGCCAGCUGGUUAUCAGACGUUAAACCAUUGUAAUUUCUCACACAUUCAACUAGGACAUACAGACACAAUGAGAGUAAGAAUAUUUAUUGUUGUUGCAAUAUUUAAAGGUCAUUUUAACAUAUCUGUUAUAUUUUGUCACUUAUCAAAUAACAGAAAGAAAAAAUAAUAAUCAAAAUACUGAAUUUGGCAGUUGGCCAUGAAGGACACUUUUGUAACAAGAAAAGAAAAAUAAAUUGUCAAACUAUGAGCCAGGCACCUUUUUCUUCCAGUUGGUGCUUCAUACAGGCUUUGAUUGGAUUGAGGCAAAAUUAAAGUGAGCUGCUAUAUUACCUGCAUAAAAAAAGCCACAUUCAUUGGUUUUAAUCAGAUCAUUCACUCUGAAAUUUGUUGGAAUGACAAUUAGCCAAUAUCCAGUAUCAGACUACACUUAAACAGACUGUGAGUACAUUUGCAUGCAAGAUUUCACCUUACUGCAGAUCCAUCUACAGAUGUUUUUUUUGAGAGAUGUUUGUGUCAGUUUAUGUUGGUUA